GUUUGUCAUUCAGUAGAUUUUAUGGUUGAGAACUCGAAACAGGUUGAUUUUUUGGUGGGUAUAUAGUGGUUGUCCAUUGCUACUAUGGAUUCAAAGGAACUGCCUGUGUUUUUAAAGGAUAUAAAAUCUGCUAGAGUCGAACGAGAAUUAUGCAGUAUUUUAGAUCCGUAUCUACAAAAUAAAGACUGGAUGCAACUUGCUGGACUGAUGGGAUUCAGCCACAAUGACAUAGCAUCAUUCCAGCUCAACUUACAUCGGCCAGGGGGUAGUCCCAGUGACGUGAUGUUGACUACGUGGGACUAUGCGAACCACACCAUAGAAGAGCUGUACUUAAAGCUGUAUGAGAUGAAGCAUGCAAGGUGCAUGACGCUCCUUAAGGAUUACGUGAAACCAGAAUUGCAUUACUUGAUUCAGAAGGUUACAAACAAUGAUCCAGUGGUCCCAGAACAGCCCGCUGUCAAUGUAGGUCAACCUAUCAACCAAUUUCAACAAGGAAUGGCCAGUAAUAUUCCACCUGGUCAUGAAAACCAGUUUCCAAGAAGCAUGUCUCCAAUGCCUCCUCACAUGCCUCAUGCCCAUCCACCAGGCUCGCCAAGUCCCCAAUAUCUUCCUCAGACCCACAACCAUAACCAGCAACAGAGUAGUGUCAGAACACCAUCAACAGCCAGCUACCACAGCAGCAACGCCAACAUUCCCUUGCAACCUGCCGAUCCGCGGAUGAUGAUGGCCACAAGGCCGCAGCAGGUCGAUUACAACGCCUUUCAGCAUCCGAACUACCGGCAGGAUUACCAAGGAUCUAGGCAUCCAGGCAACGACCUGAUGAGGACACCAUCGGAACAUCCUCUAGGUGGUCCGAUGCGCUACCAGUCGCACUACUCUAAUGAUGAUAAUAUGGCCAUGCCACCUCCCGUGUCACCAGAGUGUCUUCCAAUGUCCAGACAGCCUGACUUUCAGUCACUUCCCCAUUCUGAUCCCAGUGUGAAACAGUCAAACACAUCAGCCCCAAGCAGUGUUGAAAAGUAUCUUGAGGCAACAAUCCAAGUGCCGUAUGAGAAGCUGUGCAAGGCUACAGAGAAUUUCAGUGCUGCACGCAAGCUUGGUUCAGGAGCGUUUGGGGAAGUGUUUCAUGCUCAACUUGACAUGAUAGAUGUGGCUAUCAAGAGGAUCAUCAAGAAUGACAAUGUCAAAUUUAACCAAUCCAACAUCAGAGGAGAUCAAAUCAAAGAAAUUGAAGCUCUUACAAAGUACCGAUGUAAAAACAUUGUUUGCUUGGAAUCCUAUUCUGUUGGUGAUGACUGUAUUUGCCUGAUAUUUGACUACAUGAAGAACGGUUCCUUGGAAUAUCAGUUAGAGGGCAGGGCACCACAUGGACCAUUGGAGUGGAAGAGAAGGCAUACGAUAGCUGAAGGAGCAGCUAUGGGGAUACAGUACCUUCAUUCAAUCCAAAAUCCACCACUCAUACAUCAAGAUAUCAAGAGCUCAAAAAUCCUCCUUGAUGAGAAUUUUGUGCCUAAGAUUGCAGACUUUGGUCUAGCUAGACCAGGACCUACGAAGGGCAAGGAGUACACCACUCUCAAGACUAGUGUCGUGUUUGGUACCAAGGCCUACCUGGCUCCGGAGUUUAUCCGGGAUCCAAACAGAAAGCUGUCAAAGAAACUGGAUGUCUACAGCUUUGGUGUUGUCCUUCUUGAAUUGGUUACUGGGGAGAAAGCAGGACAAGCCAAGAGGCGGUUUCAGACCAACGAUCUUCUGUGGAGAUGUGUUGAAAGAAUCAUGGAGGCCAACGAAGGGAGACCCCAAGCUGUGGUAGCCGAGAUCCUCCAGGAUCCGUUGUGUCCAGCAUGGCCCACCAAGUACAUGAUGGGCCUGGUUAACCUGGCUAUGGACUGUCUCAAGGAAUUCAAACACAGACCAGAAACAGAACAGGUUUGUCAAGCGUUAUCAGAAAUGGUAGGAAGGAUUGAAGAGGAAGACAGACAUAAGUCUUCAAGGACUCAAAAUUAUCCAGUUGAAAGCUCAGACCCUCUGGAGCAUGGCAAGGCAGUUGAAUCAUCAGAUCAGAUAACUGAAGACCAAGGCCAGUAUGGUGCCAGCGGGAGGCCUGGUCUCCAUCGGUGGGAGGGUGAAGUCAAGGAGGAUCCCGCAAAGUAUGAACACUAUGGUGGCUUCCGGGCCUUGGCCAAUGGUCCUAAAGUACAGGGUGAUGUGAAUGCCGCCGAGAGACCAUGUUCAGCUGAGACAGUUCAUAAUUUGCCAGAAAGAAGGUUGGACCAGAUCCACGAUCGUAGUCGGAUGAGGAAAGACGUUGGACAGGGUGACAUGUGUGAAAGGGAGAGACAGUAUCAGUAUCAGAUGCAACAGCAAGGAUUGUACAAUCAACAGAUGUAUGAGCAUCGGUACCUGUCUCCUGCAGUUCCAGGAGCAGGUCACCCCCAUAUGGACAGGAACGCUGCCUCUUCUCAAAGUAGCAUGUCCCCCUCUCCUGGAUCAUCCUAUCCAAGCUAUUUACAAUCGUCCAGCAUUUCAUCUUCAUCAGAUGCAUCGGGGGCACGCUUCCAGGGGACGUACAUGGGACAUCCUCAAGGAAUACCUCAGGGACGGUACGGAGAUCACAUGGAUCCUCGUCUUAGGCAUCCAUUGAACUUGCCUCAGCAAGUAAUGCCGGAAUCCAACUAUAUGAUGGAUGGUCAGCACGAGUACUAUGGACAGCAUCCAGGCUUUGGACCUCCUAUGGGAAAUCCAAGACCACAGGUUGAUGGCUAUCACCAAAGGCCUGAAAUCAGGGAACAGGGCCAGCAGAGACUUGAGCACUUGAACAGAGAGGGGGUUGCAGGAUCCACUCAGGAUGGUAACCUGGUUGCACACAACCCCCCAGCUUCUGCCUCCCCCUCCUCUAACUCUGCUACAGCCUCCUCUUCCUCAUCUGAAUCACCCAAAGGCUUGGUAUACCCCAAGAUGCGUACUUUGAAUCUGAAGCCUCUAUCCAUCCAAUCAAGCGAUACUUCUGACCUCACCGAGGACACAUCCCUCUCUGGAUCAAGCAAAGAGCUGCCUGAGAAUGGAUCGAAUGGUGGCACAGAGACUAAUGGUCAGAGAGAGCACAUUGGAAUGUUACAGAGUGGAAGAGAGGAAGGCAAGCGGCAGAAUAGUGAUGAACACCAAAGAGAACCCGGGGAAAACACAGAACCACAAACACAAACUUGCCAUUGAGGUUUUGUCACCAAAUGAUAUUGAUAAGUGUUUAUAUAACAGCAUCUAUCUAAAAAUAAUUCCUUUCCGGGUUUACUAGUACCCGGGUGUAGUAGUACCCCGACUUCAGCUGCCUUGCUCAGAACUCACUAUUAAUUAGCCAAAAUAAAUAAGAGGGUUUUUUUUCUUUAUAUAAAAUAAUUUUUUUUUUUUUAAGAUAUGUAACUUGCCAAAAUGGAUCAACCUAAUCCCAUGGUACUAUAUGAUAUGCUAUGCUUUGAUAUGAUAUGAUAUGAUGAACAAUAAAAGUAUUUCAGUGAGAGAUUAGAAUGAAAUAAUAACAGGGUUUGGAGUAUGAAUUUACGUGAGCAUGAGAUGAGGAAAACGGGUAAGACUAGAAACUGAAAUUCCAAGCUGUUUGAUUAAAGAUGAUCUGAAAGAAAAUGUUGCAUCUCAUUUUGUGGUUGAAUUUCACGACUUCAUACUCUGAUGAUAGGUCAGGGAAUACGUCACCUUUUAGAGUUUCAUGACCAAAUGCCUGUUUUGUUUUAUCAGAGACGGGUCGUGUGGUCCAGAGGUUAGAGCAUUGGACUCAUAAUGGCAAGGUUGUGAGUUUGAAUCCCAACUCUGCCAUUGUCUCCACUUUGAUAAAAAGGCCUGAGGGUGAUAUCUGUCAUCAAUGAGGUCAGCCACAAUGACUGAUCAUGGACCUAUGGACUGAUUAACCUAGAGACAACCUUGCCACAAUUUUAUGAGGGGGGGGGGAGAGUUGGGAAUAGAUGAUCAAAUGUUCUGUUUCAAUUUUUUAGCAGAUGCACCUAUUAUUAAAAAAGGGGAAAAAUGCUUUCAAAUGAGACCAAGAACAACCUGAAGUAUAUAGUAGUUCAUGUUAACAAUUAAGGAAUUAUGAAAUUUUGAAAUCAAUUUUAUUAAAGUAAUUUCUUUGAGUUGAUAUGAUUAUUAAAGUGCAAUACUGUUUCCUAUAUAUAAAUUCCUAUUUAAAAAAGGUGAUUUGUAUUUAGAAAGUCUCAGAUUCAUAGAUUAUUAAUUAUGAUGAUGAUAUACAAAUCUUUAGAGUAUUUAAUACAGUUUUUAUUAUUACUGCAUACUAUUAUUAUUGACAAAAUUUUCCUCCUGAAUAUGAAAGAGAAACUCAUUAGAUUUUCAUUGAUGCCAAUUACCUGGACUUCUGAUGCCACAGACAACUCAAAGUUAGACCAUGGUCUAACUUUGUGCUAAAAUUAUGGGAAGCCCAAAAUUUCAAAAAUUUGUUUACACUGCAUAUUUCUUGUGUUUACUGUGCUCUUCCUUAAUUCAAAAAGUGAAGAAAAUUAUCUUACUAAUCUUUCCCAGACAGUUAAGAAUUAUUUAAGAGUUGAAUUUGCUGAUACUUUGAACCUCUAUUGUUGGGGAUUCAUGUCACAAUUGGCUUUCCA